GAGUAGAGUUACGCCGCACGUGAAUACGAGCUCAAAUGAAUGCGCGAUAAAUGUGAAAAAUGCAAACAUGUGUGAAGUUUUGUGCUCUUAAUUAUUAAUUACAUUUUAAAAGUGGCUAUUUAAUUAAGAUACCGUAAAAACACAGGUAACACAGUUUUAUAACAAUUAUUUUAUUUUAUGUUGGAGUGUAAUUUUUUUUUGUGAGUAUAGUGUAGUGCCAGUGAAUAGUGAAUCUGUGGAAUCGAUGACAAAUACUGGACUGUGCUGAAUCGAUUUCUGGUGGGCGACGCGUGUUUAAUAUAAGUGGAGGGCAGUGAGCGCUAGUCGCUCGGCACGGGGUGAUGCCGGUGCGAAAGGGGCUGCUAGCGCCCCAGAACACAUUCCUAGACACCAUCGCCACUCGCUUCGAUGGAACACAUAGUAACUUCGUGCUGGGAAAUGCUCAAGUGCCCUCGUAUCCUAUCGUGUACUGCUCGGAUGGGUUCUGUGAGCUGACGGGUUGGGCCCGCGCCCAUAUCAUGCAGAAAGGCUGUGCCUGUAAGUUUCUGCACGGCCCUGAUACUCAUGAGGACCACCGACGAGAGAUAGACACUGCUCUCGACUCCAAACACGAACUCAAACUGGAACUUAUAUUUUAUAAGAAAAAUGGUACGCCAUUCUGGUGCUUGUUGGACAUUGUUCCAAUUAAAAAUGAGAAACGCGAAGUGGUGUUGUUUCUCGCCUCGUUUAAAGACAUCACUAACACCAAAAUGGCCGCCAUGACCACUAAUGAGGAGUUCGAUAGUGCGGCGCUAUUGGGCGCCCGGUUUCGAGCUGAAUCUAGUUGCCUCCUUCCAGACCCAAAUGGCAAUCUGGACCCUGAAGCUCCUUCACCCGCUAACAUGGGCAGGAGACGCUCCAGGGCCGUUCUAUACCAGCUUUCAGGACACUACAAGCCGGACAAAAUGAAAACAAAACUAAAACUCAACAAUAAUCUCCUACAUUCGUCUGACCCGCCGCUGCCUGAAUACAAAACAUCAGCCAUAAAAAAGUCCAAAUUUAUAAUCUCACAUUACGGCGUUUUUAAAACCUUCUGGGACUGGUUAAUUCUUAUAGCGACGUUUUAUGUCGCUGUUGUUGUGCCGUAUAACGCCAGUUUCGUUGACGAGGGCCAUCCGAGGAUAAGUGUCACCAGUGAUGUCAUUGUCGAGGCCCUAUUUAUUAUAGAUAUUGUACUCAAUUUCCGAACAACAUUCGUAAGCAAGAAAGGAGAAGUGGUAUCAGACUCAAAACCGAUCGCGCUUAAUUAUAUCCGAAGCUGGUUUGUGGUCGAUCUUCUAGCAGCGUUGCCGUUUGACCUACUUUACGCUUCAGAUGUCUACAGCGGAACAGAAUCAACCCAUGGCAAUGUCCACCUGGUGAAGUUGACUCGAUUGCUACGACUGGCCCGACUCCUGCAGAAGAUGGAUCGCUAUUCACAAUAUUCAGCUCUUAUUCUCACUCUCCUCAUGCUGUCAUUCACCCUGGUCGCCCACUGGCUUGCCUGCAUCUGGUUUAUCAUCGCUGAGAAAGAAAUUGAGCAUCACAAAAAUGACAGCUGGGACUUAGGUUGGAUAAACAAUUUGGCUGACAGACUGAAGAUUCCUAUUGGCAACAUAUCUCACAGUGAGAGCUAUGUGACCGCUCUAUACUUCACGUGCUCGUCUUUGACAAGUGUCGGCUUUGGAAACGUCUCAGCGAACACGCUUCCCGAGAAGGUGUUCAGUAUUCUUGUAAUGCUGGUUGGAGCUCUGAUGCAUGCCGUGGUCUUUGGUAAUGUGACUGCCAUCAUCCAGAGGAUGUACUCCCGUCGGUCCAUGUAUCAGAGCAAAUGGCGGGACCUGAAGGACUUUCUCACCAUCAACCAAAUACCCAAGGAGCUCAAGCAACGUAUGCAGGAUUACUUUCAGACGAUGUGGUCCUUGAAUCAUGGGAUCGACAUACAUGAGACACUCAAAGAAUUCCCGGAAGAACUGCGUGGCGAUGUAUCUUUGCAUUUACAUCGAGAGAUUCUUUCUUUACCAAUAUUCGAAUCAGCAUCUCAAGGUUGUUUGAAGUUACUCUCCCUUCACAUCAGAAGUAAUUUCUGUGCUCCCGGCGAAUAUCUCGUACACAAAGGGGACGCGUUGACAUACAUUUACUAUAUUUGCAACGGGUCAAUGGAGGUGAUGCAGAAUGACAUGGUUGUUGCAAUUCUAGGCAAAGGAGACCUCGUGGGCUGCGAUAUGAAUACACACUUACAAGCCCAUAAUGGCUCGGGCACCUCGCAGUCUAAUAACCCCGACGUUAUCGUCAAAUCAAGCAGCGAUGUUAAGGCUCUCACCUACUGCGACCUUAAGUGCAUUAACAUGGUCGGUCUGGGCGAAGUAUUGCGUCUUUAUCCUGAAUAUCAGCAAGAAUUUAUACAUGAUAUUCAACACGAUCUCACUUAUAACCUCAGAGAAGGAUAUGAAGCCGAACAAGAGUCUGAUGGUAAUGGCCACCCGUCUCUUACCCUGCCUUCUAUUUCGGAAGAUGAUGAAAAUGCCGCGGAAGAACAAACUCUAACGCCAAAAAAAACGAUAAUUGCAAGUACGACAAGCCCAAGACAUGCUCGAUUUAGAUCGGAUGGGCAUGCCAGGCUAACGCAUAAGGAACUACGUGAAAGAAUUGAAAGGCAACGUUCGGUGGCAACACCGAAAAUAUCAAGAGCUGAUUCUCUGGAAGGUUUAAAUUUAGAAAUACGAUCGUCGGUGGAGAGACUCGAUACACAGGUUUCCAGUUUACAUCAUGACGUCGCCGCGCUCAGCAUUGAAGUGCGGCAUGCAAUUCAAGCUCUGCAGGAGAUGACUGGGCCUGUAUGGCACGCCGCUCAUUCAAACCCGAACCUCCAGUGGAACACUCCCCCGAACCAAUUAGCUCGGAGCUGUAGUCAUCCACCUGACGUGUUUUGUUGGGAUCAGCAAGAACGAUCUACUACGCCGGAGCGACCGAAAGUCAACAGGUGUACACAGACUGAACCAUUCUUAAACUGUGUAACUCAAUACAUAGUGGAACAUCCAGCCACCGUGAUGCUACUACUCGGCUUAGAUCCCAUGGCCAACUUAACCCCAGUCCUGCCCCCAGCAGUAGAAUACUACGACACACGUAACCGUCGACCGAGCGGUCUCGAACAAAUCGUAGAAACCGAAAAUGGAAGUAGCACACCUUCUAGCACAGCGAGUGAAAAACCCGAGCAAAAAAGAAGCCCCGCUGAAAGUUGCAUAAAUUUAGACGUACCCGCAGAUUUCAAAAGAAACGAUAAGGAUUAUAAGACCGCCACUUUAAGGAGAAGUCGAUAUUCAGCAAGUGAUAGUGAUGUAACACAAAAAUUGUUACCGACAAAAGCGUCCAAUCAAAGCACAUUUAGUCUCAAGAAUUUUAACAGUUAAGUCUAUGUUCCAAGUAUAUGCUCAUUAGUUAUUAAUUACAAGUGAUUUCUCAAUGUUAGAUUAAAAAUUUUUUGUAAAAAUAUUUAAAACUAGGAUUAGUCUGCUAAACCAGUUAUCUUUAUUCUCUAUUCGUACUAAUCGAUGUAUUUCCUACUAUGUGAGUUAAUUAACAUCGUAAAAAUUAUUAAUGUACAUAUCACAUAUCAUAUUGUUGUAAAAUUAUUUGUUUAAAUCUAUAUGUAGUUGUUUAUCGGUGUAUCUAGUCCAUGUUAACUCGUAUCUACAUUAUGAAUGUAUCGAUAGAGUAGUCCCUCACUAGUGACGUAAAUUCCAAUAAUAAAUACAUAUUCAACAUAUAGCAAUAAACUUGAUAUGUAUAUAUACAUAUUAUGUAAUGCAUAUUUUCUUAUAGUAAUCAGUAAAUCGAAUUCGUCAAACAUUUUAUAAAUUGAUUUACCCACAAUUAUUGUUUUUCCACAUUUUGGCAACACAGACAUAACAGAAAAGGUACCUACUACUUGCAUUUGGUGCCACUAAAGAAAUAAAAAGGUACUAUAACUUGAUGAGUAAGUUUGUGAUUUCUCGGGGAAAUUUUUAAUUACUCUAUGAGAUUAAAUAAAGUAUUUCUUUAAAGUAUUUGGUAAUGAAAUCGUUAUCAAAAAUAUUUAGAAAUUUUAUGAUUAAAUGAAGUAUGUAUGUCGUAUAUUGUGUCUUCGUUCAUAUUGUUAUCAUUAUCGUUAAUAAUGAUUAUGUAUUUAAUGCUACCAAGUUCGAGUAUAAAUACAAUUAUAACAGUAAUAUUUUUGUGCCUAUUUGAAGCGCCACUCGCGAGCAUCCACAGAACUAAUUUUGACGUAUAAUACAAAUGGCUGAGAAGGAACAUACAAUACUCUCAAGUACUUUUUGCAUUUUGAUUUAAUUUCGUUCGUUUUCCGUGUUAUUUAUACUUCAAGAAUCAACAUAACAAAGUAAAGAUUUUUUUUUGUAAAUAGAUUCCCACCAUCUAUCGAUGUUUGCUGAGGUUGUCAUCACUAGUUUUAGUACUAACUCUCGCUACAUGGCCAACAGCACCAAAAUGGCGAAUAUUUAUGCGGGCGCCAGAUAUAUAGCUUCAAAGAAUUUCACAUAUCUUUGACGACUUUGCAAAGCAUUUGAACACAUAUUGACGUAACCUGCCGGACUUGCUUCGCAAACAUUUUUCUCCACAGUAUGCUGGUAGACAACAAACAAGAUGGACGACGAUUUCGUAGACUCAGUGUGCCUGUUUUAUUUGUGUGCAUGUAAUUAUUUUUUACAUGUGCAAGAAAACAAUAAUACUGUUUUAGUCGAUUCCUUGAUUUUCUUUAAAUGUUCUCUAUAUUGUGUCAGUAAACUAUUUCUUUUCUUUUUUAAUUCUUCAACAGACCAGGGCUCAUUUACUAAGGUUCUAUUUUUGUGUUUGUUUUAUUUUCGGGUUCCAUAUACAUGGUUCCCCCUGUAAUAGCUCUACAAAUCCUAGAACGCACUCGCUGCUCCAGUCCAUUAUAUAGCUGCACGCAGUGUAGCACGAACACAACCGUUCCGCUCAACAACGGUCGAGCAACUGAACACUGAACAAGUAUGGCAAGCUACGCAAACAUUUGAACACAUUCAACUUUGAACGCUUUGAUGUGUCGAAAACAACCAACACCGCGUGGCAAAGUGCAAAUCUUUGUUCAGACUUUGAACACAUACCCAAAGUCCCGUGCCACACUUAGCAUUCAAACAUCUGUUCAAACAUGUGAAGCUAAGUCUGGCGCCCGCAUAAAACAGGCAUACAAUCACUUCGACAGCCGCCAGUCCAGUGGUACCUAUAUAGUAGAGGUCAGUGAGCCAGACCGCACUAUAUAUGUAUUGUCAAACUUUCGAUGCCCGCGUUGGCACGCUACCUAUAACGCUUGGGUAUAAUAGACUGUAUAAGUAAAAUACGCCAAAUUAUACACAGUAUUAUAUCAAGUUAAGUCUUCCUUAAGUAAUAAAAUUUCGCUGAAUUAUAAUUAUUAUUGCAUUGUAAGUAUAUAAGUAUAAGGUGGUGUUUGGCGUGCGUGAGUAAAAUUAGUUUUCCGGUAUUUUUAUUAUUUUAUCUAUAAAAAACUUGAUAUCAGAUUUGUCAGUUCUUUAAAUUAUAUUUAGGUAAUUCAAAAUAAUACUAUUUCUACAUUCACGAAAUACGCCAAAGAAGUGUGCCAAAUAUUCUAUAUUUACUACUUUUUUACGCAAAUAAAUUAAAUAAAAUCAAUCACUUUAUUCAUGUAGGUCAAGGAAAUGACACUCGUGAAUGUCAAUAAAAUUUCUUUUAUUUUUACAUUUUCCAAUACUUCGAAAAAGGUUGGGCUUUAAUGAGAAGAAGUGGCAAGAAUCUUAUCGCCAAAUUUUUUAAAUCGACAUUUACAGCUUCAACGUUUUACAAAUCAUUAAAAUUAUAGUAUUAUAUGUAAAGUGAUACAACAAAAAUACUUAAACUUCAAAUACUCAAUGCCUCACAUGAGCAAAUAAAAAAGUAAAACAUAAAUUAAUAAGUUUAAGCACUAAUGUUACUGAGUGCAGUACAGUAUUAAUCCACACACGCCACAAAUAAAUAUGAUUGUUUGUUCAAAUCAAAUCAAAUAAAAACCCUUUAUUCAUAUAGGUCACGGAAACGACACGAAUGUCAAAAAAAAUAUAUUUUCUUAUUGAAUCUACUGCUACUUCGUAAAAAGAGCUGAUGAGAAGAAGUAGCAAGAAACUCAUUGCCACUCUUUUUUUUAUUUACAACUAUUAAACAAAGUUUAUUUAACUUUAAAGUUAUUGCUAUACCUAAUCAUAGUGCAGUCCCGGGCUGUGUGAUCGUUUUGACAAUCUACAGUUGAGUUAUAAGUAAAACCUUAAAAUUUUUCUACCUUAAAGUUAAGGUAAAUAAGCAUUAUAGAAUAAAAAAAAUUGAUUUCAUUUAAGACUAAAAAUUAACACAAAAAUUUUAUUUUAGUGUUGUCACCUUAAAAUCUCCAUAUCGAGCAAAAAUUGGGAUGAUUUUGGUAAUAAGACAUGGGGUUACCUUUAAAAAGAACCGCAUAAACCCAUCGUAAAGGAAGGCAACGCUCCUGUGAUUCCUCGAGUGUUGCAAUACAAAAUGGGCAUCAAAACACAUUAUAUUAUUACCCACGAAAGCAAAGAACGUUUCACAUUAGUAUGACUUCAAAGCAUAUUGUAUAGUAUAAUACUUAUGUGUAGGUACAAUAAAUAUCUUUAACAAAGAUAUUUAAUAAUAAUUCUUUAAAAUGAAACGCUUAUUAGUGUAAUUAAAUAUAUUAAUUAAUUAUUUACUGUGUAUAUUAUGUAUGACAUACAAAUGAUUGUGAUAUAUAUUGAGGGAAUGUUAAAUGCAGUGCCUAACUCUUAUUGUUUUUAUUUUUGUUUUGUUAAAAAUAAAAUCAUCUAGAACGAGAUGCAUUUAUAGUCAAAAAUCUUAAACUAUUUUUUUGUACAUAUUAUAAAACUUUCUCUUGUAGUACAAAGUAUUUAUUAAGAUAAAUAAAGACAAAUUGAUGUUUCAAAGUA